UGCUCGACCAGGUGGCCCAGGCCAUGCUCGUCGGCAGCGGGCCGCAGCAACAACAAGCGUCAACCGUCCUCGCCCAGUUCCAGGAGCACCCGGACGCCUGGCAACGCGUGCCGGCCAUCCUCGACACGUCGAGCAACGGCCAGACCAAGUACAUCGCGCUCCAGAUCAUGGACCGCCUCAUCAAGACGCGGUGGAAGGCGCUCCCCGAGGACCAGCGCUCGGGCAUCCGCAACUUUGUCGUCGGCGUCAUCGUCAAGACGAGCUCUGACGACCAGACGCUCCGCCGCGAGAAGGCCUUUGUCAACAAGCUCAACCUCAUCCUCGUCCAGAUCCUCAAGCAGGAGUGGCCGCACAACUGGCCGACCUUCAUCCCCGAGAUCGUCACGUCGUCCCAGGCCAACCUCACCAUCUGCGAGAACAACAUGGUCAUCCUCAAGCUCCUGUCGGAGGAGAUCUUCGAGUUUUCCGCCGAGCAGAUGACGACGCAGAAGACCAAGGCCCUCAAAGCCCAGAUCUGCCAGGAGUUCGCCGAGGUCUUCUCGCUCUGCGUCGAGGUCCUCGAAAAGGCCGACCGGCCGUCGCUCAUCAAGGUCACGCUCGAGGCCAUGCUGCGGUUCCUCAACUGGAUCCCGCUCGGCUACAUCUUCGAGACGCCCGUCAUCGACCACCUCAUCACGCGUUUCCUCGAGGUGGCCGAGUUCCGCAACGUGACGCUCAAGUGCCUGUCCGAGAUUGGCGGCCUCCAGAUCGGGCCCGAGUACAACAACAAGUUCAUCAUCCUGUUCAACAUGGUCAUGACGAGCGUCAACAAGAUGAUCCCGCCCAACACCGACAUUGCCGGCGCGUACGAGUCGUCGGCCGACGCCGACCAGGAGCUCAUCCUGAACCUGGCCCUGUUCCUCACCAACUUCCUGUCGGCGCACGUCACGAUCCUUGAGACGCCCCAGCACCGCGACGUCCUCCUCAACGCGCACCUGUACCUCAUCAAGAUCUCGCAGGUCGAGGAGCGCGAGGUGUUCAAGAUCUGCCUCGAGUACUGGGCAAAGCUCGUCGCCGACCUGUACGACGAGCUCGUCAAGUUUCCCGGCGGCGACGGCCUCGGCGGCGCCAACCCGCUGCUCAGCCUCGGCGGCAUGGCGGGCUUUGGAGCGGGCGCGGGCGGUGCGGGCGGCGCGGGCUCGAACCGGAGGAGCAUCUACACCGAGGUGCUCAGCAACCUGCGGCUCGUCAUGGUUGAGCGCAUGGCCAAGCCCGAGGAGGUCCUCAUCGUCGAGAACGACGAGGGCGAGAUCGUGCGCGAGUUCCUCAAGGACACGGACACGGUCGUCCUGUACAAGUCGAUGCGCGAGGUCCUCGUCUACCUCACCCACCUUGACGUCGUCGACACCGAGAUGAUCAUGACCGAGAAGCUCUCGAAGCAGGUCGACGGGUCCGAGUGGUCGUGGGCCAACCUCAACACGCUCUGCUGGGCCAUCGGCUCGAUCUCGGGCGCCAUGAACGAGGAGACCGAGAAGCGCUUCCUCGUCACCGUCAUCAAGGACCUGCUCGGCCUCACCGAGAUGAAGCGCGGCAAGGACAACAAGGCGGUCGUCGCGUCCAACAUCAUGUACAUCGUCGGGCAGUACCCUCGGUUCCUCAAGGCGCACUGGAAGUUCCUCAAGACGGUCGUCAACAAGCUGUUCGAGUUCGCGCACGAGACGCACGAGGGCGUGCAGGACAUGGCGUGCGACACCUUCAUCAAGAUCGCGCAAAAGUGCCGCCGCCACUUCGUCAUGCAGCAGUCGGGCGAGACCGAGCCGUUCAUCGACGACAUCCUGCGCAACCUGGAGCGCAUCACGGGCGACCUGUCGCCGCUCCAGAUCCACACGUUCUACGAGGCGGUCGGCUACAUGAUCUCGGCGCAGCCCAACAAGCCGCAGCAGGAGCUGCUCAUCGCCAACCUCAUGGCGGCGCCCAACUCGGCGUGGGACCAGCUCAUGCAGCAGGCGCACGAGCGCGGCGCCGAGAUCCUGUCGGACCCGGACAACAUCAAGAUCCUGAGCAACAUCCUCAAAACCAACACGGCGGCGUGCUCGUCGAUCGGCACCUUCUUCCUGCCGCAGCUCGCUCGGAUCUACAUGGACCUGCUCGGCCUGUACACGGCCGUGAGCGGCAUCAUCAGCGCGACGACGGCCGAGCAAGGCCUGAUCGCGACCAAGACGCCCAAGGUCCGCGGCUUGCGCACGAUCAAGAAGGAGGUGCUCAAGCUCGUCGGCGAGACGUACAUCCGCAAGGCCGAGGACCUCGACCAGGUCAACCGCGACUUGAUCCCGCCCCUGCUCGAGGCCAUCCUCGGCGACUACAAGCAGAACAUCCCGGCGGCGCGCGACGCCGAGGUCCUGUCGACCAUGGUCACGAUCGUGUCGAGGCUCGGCCCGCUGAUGACGGACAAGAUCGCGCCCGUCCUCGACGCCGUCUUCGAGUGCACGCUCGCAAUGAUCAACCAGGACCUGACCGAGUUCCCCGAACACCGCGUCGCCUUCUUCAAGCUCCUGCGCCAGAUCAACCUCAACUGCUUCGAGGCGCUCCUCGCGCUCCCGCCGGCCCAGUUCAAGCUCGUCAUGGACGCCGUCGUGUGGGCGACCAAGCACACGAUGCGCGACAUUGGCGACCUCGGCCUCACGAUCUGCGUCGAGCUCAUCGACAACGUCGUCGCCGCCGGCCCCGACACGUCCAACGGCUUCUUCCAGGCGUACUACCUCGCGCUGUUGCAGGACAUGUUCUUCGUCCUGACGGACGCCGACCACAAGAGCGGGUUCAAGUCGACGGCGCUCGUGCUCGCCCGCCUGUUCAAGCUCGUCGAGACGGGCGACAUCCAGGUGCCGCUCGACCCGGCGGCCCAGUCGAACCCGCAAUUCGUCGCCGAGUACACGGCCAACCUGCUCAAGUCGGCGUUCCCGCACCUGCAGACGGCGCAGAUCACCCAGUUCGUGUCGGCGCUCCGGGAGCAGUACGGCGACUUCAACAAGUUCAGGAUCACGCUCCGCGACUUCCUCAUUGCGUUGCGCGAGUUCCAGGGCGAGGAGGCGACCGAGGUCUUCCAGGAGGAGCGCGAGGAGGAGGCGCAGCGCAAGCGCGACGAGGAGCGGGCACGCGCCGUCGCCGUUCCGGGUCUCUUGAAACCCUCCGAGGCCAUGGCCGGCGACGACGAGGAGCUGUGAGCUCGUCGAGACUGUCCCUUUCCUCCCACCCCACUGGUCCCGCUUGCCUUCCCUCUUCUCCCUCGUCCAGAUUCCCCUCUCGCGUUUGCGCGCCCUCGGCGUGAUCUUUGUAGUUACCGGCUCUCUCUCUUUCUACCCUCGCAACGACUCCCCAUCGCAACC